AUCGGACACAUUUUUUCCUUGCCGCGGCGCGGGCUAACUUGGGACGGCAUCGCGGAAUCGCAGCAGUUAGUUAAUUUUACAUAAUCGCCAGCCAUGGAUGCGCCGCUCAUGUACGAAGUGCUUCUUUACUUAAACGUAUACUAUUUCGGUGUGUUCGCUGGCAGCGAAAUGCUCAUCGUCUUCGCCAAAUUCAACGGCCCGCUGCCGACGCCACACAUCGAACUCGACGGUGCCGUGGUCGCCGGUAUUCUAAUCUCCGAACUGAUAAAGUUGCUUAUGUUUAAUCGUCUUAGGGACUUAGACCGGAAGUGUUUAUCAGACUUCCUAGCGCAAUUCCUCACAGCUCUCUCGCUGUUGGGGCUGGUCUACAUAUUCGUAUUGCAACAUCCGGUGCUAAAAAUCGAAUACAUCGUCUGCACCAUUAUGUUCCUACUGCUAAUCACUGAGUUCACAUACGGUUUCCUGCAAUUCGUGCCGUGCUGCAAGAAGAAACAAUACGCCGAAUAAAAUGUAAUGUGAUAAAAUUAAAGAAAUACAUAUAUAACACUUUCGGAUGCA